AUGGCUGGAAUUUUUUCAAAAACUUUAUCUGAUGUUCAUCCAAGUCUGCGAACCUCUGGUAUGGGUAUUUCUAGUACCCACAGGAGAAUAUCGUUAGGUUUCUUCCCUCCUGAUAAGAAAAAUCCCUUAGUUCGCAAGUAUAGAGCUAAGAGAACUAGAAGAAGGAAUAGGUCCGAGGACCAACGAAGUUUUAGAUCCCUGGCAGAUGAUUUCGGUAGUACCAUUUAUCAGCCAAUAGAUGAGAUAACUGAAGAAUUAAUUAACGAACAAGAGCAGUUGCAAGAAACUGACGCAUUAAGUCGUACGUUAUCUCUGCCGUCUAGAGUCUCGAGCUCUCCAGAAGUCUCACCCUCUGAUGUGGACUGGUUACUAGAAGAACAUGAGCGUCGUUACUCUUCCGUUAAUAAUUCCGACACAGAAGACGAACAUGAAGAAGAUGAACAACCAAGGUCCUAUCAAGGUAGAGAAGUUGGAUAUGGCGAUUUUAUUAAUCGUAUCCAGGCUCAAAAGAGAAUUUACCGUGAAUCUUUACGUGAAGGCUUACAACAGCCAAGAAGAAAUUCUUUUAUCUCAAUUUCAAGUCGCGGAUCAGUGCCGACUAUCUUUCAACAGGGCCUAGAUACUGAAUCUUUACAUGUAUUAGCUCAUGAAAAAGUUACCUACGAAUCUGAAACAAAAGUUCUUGCCUCAUAUUCUCUGCCGUUGAUGUUUACAUUUUUAUUAGAAGAUAUUUUCCCUCUGGUUUGUUCAUUAACUGUGGGCCAUCUCGGUAAAAAUGAAUUAGCCGCAGUGUCUUUAGCAUCCAUGACGUCUAAUAUUACACUAGGUUUCUUUGAAGGUAUUGCAACAAGUUUGGAUACUUUGUGUCCGCAAGCUUAUGGUUCAGGUAGAUACAAGAGUGUUGGUGUUCAUUUACAGCGUUGUAUCGCAUUCUCUUUCGUAAUAUACAUACCGUUUGCAAUGUUUUGGUAUUUCUCGGAGCCCGUUCUUUACGCCAUUAUUCCUGAGAAACAAUUAGUACAUUUGACGUCACAAUUUUUAAAAGUUCUUAUUUUUGGUGCUCCUGCCUAUAUUCUUUUCGAAAAUUUGAAAAGAUUCUUACAAGCUCAAGGUAUUUUUGAUGCCGGUAUCUAUGUCCUUCUUAUAUGUGCCCCAUUAAACGUUUUAAUGAGUUAUACUCUGGUGUGGAAUAAAUAUAUCGGUAUUGGGUUUAUCGGUUCUGCAGUUGCAGUUGUCAUAAAUUUCUGGCUAAUGUUUAUCCUAUUAUUAUCUUAUACUAUCUUCAUAGAAGGUAGAAAAUGUUGGGGUGGGUUCUCCAGAAAGGCUUUUACUCAUUGGAAAGAUUUGGCUCAUUUGGCACUAUCCGGUAUAGUAAUGUUGGAAGCUGAAGAAUUGUCAUACGAACUUUUAACCUUAUUUAGUGCUUAUUUUGGUACCGCAUAUCUAGCUGCUCAGUCUGCUGUGUCCUCCGUCGCCGCGUUAAUCUAUAUGAUUCCCUUUGCAAUCGGUAUUUCUACUUCAACAAGAAUAGCAAACUUUAUUGGUGCCGGAAGAAUUGACUGUGCUCAUAUUUCAUCAAAAGUUGGUUUAUCAUUUUCAUUUAUUGCAGGGUUCACAAACUGUUGUAUUCUGAUCUUAUCACGUAAUUUAAUUGCAAAUAUUUUCUCAAAAGAUCCAGAAGUAAGGCACUUAAUUUCAUCUAUUUUACCUGUCGUGGGUCUUGUACAAAAUUUUGACUCAUUAAAUGCAGUUGCUGGUUCUUGUCUGAGAGGUCAAGGUAUGCAAUCAUUGGGUAGUAUUGUCAAUUUACUCGGUUAUUAUUUAUUCGGUAUACCUCUUGCCAUGCUCUUAAGUUAUGUCGUGGGUUGGAAGUUGUACGGGUUAUGGAUCGGUAUUGGUUGUGCCAUGUUAACUAUCGGAUCAAUAGAAGCAUACUUUGUCUUGUUUCCAAAUUGGGAUCGUAUUCUAAAUUUUGCUGAAAUGCUGAAGGACCAAGAUGCUGAUGAAUCAGAAGAAGAGGAGUUUUUUUCAGAUUCAGAUUCAGAUUCAGAUUCUGAUGAACCUACUGAAAAUACCGCACUUCUUUCUGUAUAA